AUGCAGUCAUUGGUCGUAGCCAGCACGGGUUCACGGGAGGGAAAGUCCUGCUUAACCAACUUAAUUUCCUUUCAUAACAAGGUCAUCCAUCUAGUUGACCAUGAGAAGCCAAUAGAUAUUGUGGUUUUGGACUUUAGCAAAGCUUUUGAUACUGUCUCUCUUGAUACUGAGCAUCUGUAUACAGCAGUGUUUGAAGAGAUCUGUGGGCGUUUUGGAAAGACCUAUACCUGGGACGUGAAAUCCUUGGUCAUGGGUAAAAAAGCCCUAGAAGGGGCACAGAUUAUUCGAGAUGUUCUAGAUCUUCCAAUAACCAAAGAAGAGUUAUUACAUGAAAGUAAAAUGAAGCAGGAGAAGAUAUUCCCUACUGCUGAGUUGAUGCCAGGGGUUGAUAAGCUUAUCCGUCAUUUACACAAACAUGACAUACCCAUAGCUGUUGCCACCAGCUCAGCUGAAGUGACAUUUCAGAUGAAAACAGCCAGACACAAAGACUUCUUUGGUCUUUUUCAUCAUAUCGUGUUGGGAGAUGACCCCGAGGUGAAGUGUGGCAAGCCGCAGCCUGAUGCAUUUCUAGUUUGUGCGAAGAGAUUUCACCCUCCUGCACCUCCAGAGAAGUGUCUUGUGUUUGAAGAUUCACCACUGGGAGUCAAAGGAGCCCUGGCAGCAGUUUUUUUUUCAGAUCUUAAAAAGGAGGCAACACUACUGCUUAACUCCAUGGAGGAUUUCAAACCAGAACUGUUUGGUUUACCAGCGUAUGAUUAAUGCCUAAUGUCUGUGAACACGCACUUGACUGGAGAUCGGGAAAAUGAAAUGAAAUUUUGUUAUGGUUU